AUGACGAUCACUAAUGGUUGGCUGGGGGCUCGAUACGACUGCGUCUGGGAGGGCGGCGACCUGGUCUCCAUCGCCUCAUCGGACGAGGAAGACUUUGUGAAGAAGCAAAUGGGCGACGACGACCGCUUCUGGAUCGGACUCUCCAAUCUGGUGAGGCGCAAGCAGUUGAUUCUCUACUGGUACGCGAUUGACAACCGGGAUUGGUCUCUGCAGAACUGCGAUGAGGCUUGGUGUCGGUAUGAUAAGGCGCAAAACAAGCUGACUUGGUCGGAUGCCCGUGUGACGGUGACCUACUCCCACUGGGAUUCACGUCAGGUUGGAAGCUCCAACAUUGAGUCCUGCGCGUACGUCAACCAAGGCGUGCACAGCAAGAAUCAACCAGGAAAGUGGCGACACAGCUCAUGCAGAUCAUCCUUGCCAUAUAUGUGCGAGCGCUCGCCGUACGACUGCCCGGAUGGCUGGCCGUGCGCCUUUAAAGACUUCGGUUACGAUCGAGUGGAGUCUUCUUCCUGCGACCCCGGCGACAUGUUGUACGAUGACUCUUGCUAUCACUUUGGGGGGCCGAUGGAUUUUUGGCAAGCUAGGAAAUUCUGCGAGGGACGGAAUAGUCACAUGGCCAGCGCCCACUCAGCAGAAAAAGGCAAAUUCUUGGGUGCUCACAUGAGACGAGGACAAGUCUAUGGUUGGUUGGGACUCUUCUUCGGCGAUAAAAAAGUGUUUGAGUAUACUGACGGAACAUCUACCAAUGAAGAUGUCGUACUGAAAUGCAAAAUAACAGCUAGGAAGAAAUAUUUUCCAGAAAAUCAGCUGGAACAAGGACAAAGCUGCAGUUUGAUGGCAAUUAGAAUUAUAAUUGACAAGAGCAAAAAAAAGGAAAGGAAAAGUCAUCAUGCGCUCAAGUCACCUCCGUCAUGUGUGCAGGCCGACGUCCCAUGGGUUGGCGGGAAAAUACCUACAAUAUCCGGUGGCUGCGCCGGUGGUCUGAGGCCAAGUGGAUCAGUUGAGACAUUCCUGGCUAUUAACGGCUUUGUAGCCAUCUGCCAAACAGCCAAGGUUCGAGAGGCUGUUACUGCUCUUCCGCCAUCAACAUUGAGGCCAGAUCGGAGCAAAAAGCUGGACGUGUGGGUAGACAACCCCUUUAACGACUUCUCCUACCUGCUCAACCACAAGUCUCGCAAGACCUGGCAGGAGGCGCGAGACGACUGCGUCGGCCGCGGAGGCGACCUACUCAGCAUCACCAACUCGUAUGAACAGAACUUCAUACAAGGUCAUCAGCUGACCGGUGCCUCUCUAUGGUUGGGCGUCAAUGCCAAUAUCACUGAAGGCAGCAAGUGGACUGAUGGAUCCUCAUUCACCUACAAAAACCUGAAAGCAGGUAGCGCCAGUGACGCCACUGGCGCACGCUGCCUUUCCUUGCUCACUGCCGACAGCCGCUGGGAAUUUGCCGAUUGCAAAAAAGAAAGCAGCUACAUCUGCAAGAGAAGAGGAGGUAACGUGACGCUUGGCCGAUUCGCACUGAUGUUGUCAAACGCUAAGAUUUGA